AUGGAUAGCGAUGACGAGGCGGAGGAGGCGGUGCGGGCGAAGGCGAAGUCGACGUCGAGGACGAGGGCGAAACCGACGCGCGAGGUCGUCGAAGAGGAGGACGUCGAGGCGUUGGUUUCGAGCGAAGACGACGACGACGAAAAACGCGAGCGCGUGCUGGAUGAACUCGUCGGGGCGCGUAAACGAGUGACGCUGGAUCCUCGGUAUCGACCGGUGAUCACGGAGGUCGGGAGGGAGAAUCCGAUGGCGGUGCCGCUUCGUCUUCGCGAGGGCGAGGAGAAGCUGACGCUGAAGGACGUCAUGGCGUCGCUCGGCGAAGACGCGCUCGAUCGCGAUACGGUGAAGCGGUUGAAUAAGAUUUCGAAGACUAAGGCGGUGGAUGCGCCUUUGGCGCGACCGAUUAAAGAGCGUAUCGAUCGCAAGGCGGCGUACGCGGAGACGAGCAAGGACAUCGGCAAGUAUCAAGCCGUCGUCAAGGAAAAUCGCGAAAAGCGAACGCUCAAGUUUGAGCCAGCGCGCAAGGAGAUGCAACGCAAGGACACGCUCGGUGCGCUCGCCGCAGAUUUUACGCCGCGAUCGGAGGUUGAGUUGGAAAUCGCUCGCGUUUUGAAAGAGUCUGGGCACGCGAGCGCCAAAGACGUCGUGCGCGGCGAGUUGCUCGAGAUGAACCACUUGGACGUCGAGGACAUACAGGCGCGCCAAGCCAAGCUCGCGAAGAUGCGUGCGGUUUUGUUUUAUCACGAGCAAAAGGCGAAAAGACUGAAAAACAUCAAGUCUAAGGCGUUCCAUAGGCACAAUCGCAAGGGAGAACUCAAGGUGAUCGGAGACGAGGAUGACAGCGAUUACGAAGGCGAGGGCGACACCCCGGAGGAACGCAGAGAGUACCUUCGCGCGCAAGAGCGCAUGCUGUUACGUCACAAAAACACGUCGAGGUGGGCGAAACGGGCGAUUAAAAAGGGUAUCGCCCAUCUCGCCGGGACGCGAGAAAAGUUGCAGGAGCAGCUGCGCAUCGGCCAACAAUUGAAGGAAAAGAUUGAAGGCACUCGAACGACGACGACGGAACUCGACGAAGAGAGCACGGACGCCGAAGACUCUGAAGACGAAGAUCCCAACGACCCCGAAACCGAACGCAAGCGACGGCUCAGGGCGAAAGCCGCAGCGUUAAAGGCUUUGGAGGACGGCGGCGACGACGAUGUCGAGGGAGCGAACGACAGCUUGUUCAAACUGCCCUUCAUGGCGCGUGCGAUGGAGAAACGCAAGUCGCAGACGAAAGCAGAGGCGCAAGAACUGCUUGAUGAGCUCGAUAGAAUGGAACAGAACGGAGAGGAGCUCAGCGAUAGCGACGAUGAUCAUGAAGAGUGGGACGCGAUGACAACGAAUGCGAAGCGCGCCGCCGACGCCCGAACAGCGUCUGCUUCAAAGAAGGCUCGCACGGGCGACAACGACGUCGACGCGCCCGCGAAAAAUUCCAGCGGGAAACAGUCGACGCAGCCGAAAAAGUCAACUGCAAAACCUAUCACGGAGAUAUCAGAUGCGGCGAGGAAGAUGCGUGCGAAAGCUGCCGCACGAGUGGCGCCGGUGAAAGUCAAGUCUGGCGAAUCCGACGAAGACGCCGACGACGGACCGACGGUGAUGCUCGAAGAGGAACGCGACGCGGGGACGACGAACGAAGACUUGAUGCGGCGAGCGUUCGCGAACGACGACAUCGAAGCAGAAUUCGAAAAGGAAAAGCUCGCCGAUGUCAGCGCAGAACUUCCUGAAACGGACAUGCCGAAGAAUCUUCCAGGAUGGGGCGCGUGGGCGAGCGACAAGCGCGUUCCGAAAUGGAUGAAGGACGCGGAGAAAAAGGCGAAAACUGAGCGCGCGAAGGCUUUGAAGAGUCGUCGCGACGCCAAACUCAAGCACGUCGUAAUCAGCGAAAAGUACGAUAAAAAGGCUGCGCAAUUCAACGUGGAAUCGCUUCCGCACGGGUACGCGAGCAAGGCGGCGUACGAGGGCACGAUGCGUCAACCUUUGGGAUUGGACGUCAACACGCACGGCAUGUUCCAAAAGUUGAACGCGCCGAAAGUAUUGAAGCCAACGGGCUCUAUAAUCAAACCCAUGAAGUUGCCGAAACACAAGGCGAAGGAAGCGUCGACGUCCAAGUCUUCGCGCAAAAAGAAGGCGCGCUGA